AUGAUGGUGAACUCUUCAAAGCACAUUCAAGGCCAGAAAGCUCAACUCAUGCUCCAUCCUUUCAGUGAAUAUUGUGCUCACUGUAUCCAAUUCAGCUACUUCAUCUACGACAGAGAUGGAUUUAGACCUAUUUCACUCAAUAUCUUCAUCAGGGUCAACAAUGGAUCACUUGGUAACUCAGUUUGGAAUAUGUCAGAAUCGCAUGGGAAGCAGUGGUUCCAGGCUGAAGUCGCUGUCAAUAACCUAAACCCAAAUAAUUAUCAGGGCGGGAUCACAGCUGUGUACCGUAUUGAUUGUGAUGGAUGUAAACACAUUGGAGCUAAAACUCCAUACUUCCAGCUGCUCGAAGAUGUGGAGACGAAUUCUGGGCAGGAUGCAGCAUUCCGUUGUAUUGUACAUGGACAAAUAAAUAAGGCACAAAGCCUUUCAAUGCAGAGACAACACGGAGGCUUAACCAGCCCACCAGCACAGCUAAGGUACUUUAGCCCCAAAAGCUUCAUUGCAGUCUUUCAGCUACAUAAGUUGACAAAGCAAAACCAGGACCUGUAUCGUUGUGUGAUUGAGUCUGGAAAUGGAUCUGGAGUGUCUAACUUUGCAGCAUUGAUUGUUAAAGAACCUCCAACACCAGCUGCUGCACCCCAAGUGAUAGAGGUUGGCUCAACAUUCCUGAUGGUGGACCUAAAUAUCAACGACUUUAUUGGAGAUGGCCCCAUUAUUCGGAAAGAGAUUGUAUACCAGAAGACCUCAACAUCCCAAGUAAAAGUCCAGGCUGUUGUCAGUCCAAAAUGUAAGCUGAUGCACUUAGACCCAGACACUGAAUACCAGAUCAACAUCCAACUGACUCGGCCUGGUGAGGGAGGGCAAGGAAAGCCAGGACCCAAACUCAUCAGCAAGACCAAAUGUGCAGAACCAAUGCGGGCACCCAAAGACAUCACCUUCUCUGGGAUCAAGUCAAGGCAAGUCACUGUACGAUGGGACCCAUUGGGAUAUAACAGCACUCUCUGCCACACUUAUUUUUACACUGUGUGUUACCACUACACCUUCAGAGUUGGCUACAUUCAGACGUUCAAAGAAUGCCAGAUUGUUACACAAAAUACCUCUUCAUUCAUCAUUAGAAAUCUCCAACCUUAUACUAAUGUCUAUGUCAAGAUCAUGGUACACAAUUCUGAAGGAAGGAGAGAGAGUGAAGAACUUAACUUUCAGACAGAUGAAGAUGUACCUGGCAGAAUUUCAGCAUCGUCCAUCAGUAGGUCAUUCACAGAGGAUAUGGUAUUUUUGGAAUGGAAUGAACCACAGGUGUCUAAUGGUAUUAUCACACAGUAUGAGGUAAGCUAUCAAUGCACCGAAUCCUCUGACCCAGCAGUGAUUGCACGCUGUCCAAAGAAAACUCUCUUGAAACCCAGGAAUGAGACCAACCACAAGUUUAAGAAUUUGGAACCGGGCACCACUUAUCGUUUCUCAAUUAGGGCAUCCACUGUCAAAGGAUUUGGCUUGAGAAUAUUCGCUAUGAUCACCACAAACAUAAAAGCUCCUUCCUUUGAAUAUGAUAGCAUGCCUUCUCCGUUGGAUGUAACGAACAUCACCAUUACUGUCCAGCUGAAGCCAGCACGAGGCCGUGGUGCUCCAAUCAGUGUUUACCACAUCAUUGUGAAAGAGAACAAGCUACAUAAAGUGAAGCAAGAACUCAGAACACAAGAGUGCUUUCCUUUGUCCAUUACAUGGGAAAAGGCUGCAGCUGAAGGCAUUCCACACUAUUACAGUGCAGAGCUCAUACCCAGCAGCCUUACAGGACCCAGGCCUUUCACUGUUGGAGAUAAUAACAACUACAAUGGCUACUGGAAUGUGCCACUAGAAUCCACGAAGAACUAUAGCAUCUACUUUCAAGCUACGAGCAAUUUCAAAGGGGAAAAGAAAACAAACUGCAUAUUAAUUGCUGAGAAAGCUGCGUAUAAAGGAAGACAAGAGGCUGCACCACGUUUUCAUGGAAUGGGUUUGAUCCUGGGCAUCUGUGUUGGAAGCCUGGCAUUGUUUGUCCUGAUUCUCUUGUAUAUCAAGAAAGGGAAACGCACCCAAACAAACAAGACUUUUGUGAGUUCCCAGCGUAAAGAAACACACAGGAGGAAUGUCAUGGAUAGGAGCUCCACUGACCAGUGCACCCUGCAAGAAACACUUAACAGCAGCAGAUUUAAAAGUACAUUGGCAGCCUUAGAUGAACAGUGCAACACCAUGAGUAAAUUGAGCAGCUCAUCAGAAAACUUCCCUCAGAGACCUUGUCAUCGAGCUGGGUUUCCUUACCAGAUUCAGAAGCUGCACCCUGCAAUCCAACUGGCUGACCUCGAAGAGCAUAUCAACCAAAUGAAAUCAGCAAAGGACUAUGGCUUCAAGCAAGAGUAUGAGAGCUUCUUUGAGCACAAGUCUUCUUGUCACAAAAUGUCAAAGAAGAAAAUAGGAUGUUCUGAAAGCAGACAUGUAAACAUCACUAUAAAUGAUUGUCGUCAAAUCAAGUUACCUCCAUAUUUGGAAGAUCCUGGAUUUAUUUAUUUGAACGAUGCAGAUAGAAAGGAAUAUAGAAGAUUGAACAUAAACGGGUCUGAAAUGCGGUAUAACCUUCUGUGUGCAAUGAAGUUUAAGGCCAAUUUUAAAGCAAAACACUUCAUUGCAACACAAGGACCCAAACAAGAAAUGGUGUAUGACUUCUGGAGGAUGGUGUGGCAGGAGCGUUGCAAAUGUAUCGUAAUGAUUACCAAACUGGUGGAAGUUGGACAGGUCAACUGCUGCAAAUACUGGCCUGAUGACACAGAGCUGUAUGGAGACAUAAGUGUUACUUUCAUUAAAACAGAGUUUCGAGCAGAAUAUAUUGUCAGAAUCUUCUCACUUCAAAAGACAGGUUGCUCAGCCAGACGUGAAAUUCAGCAGUUUCAUUUCACAGCCUGGCCAGAACAUGGAGUUCCCUGUCACGCAACAGGUCUCCUCGCAUUUAUUCGCCGUGUGAAGGCUGCUAAUUCUUCUGAAUUGGGACCACUAGUUAUCCACUGCAGCACUGGUACCGGGAGAACUGGAUGCUACAUUGUUUUGGACGUGAUAAUGGACAUGGCAAAGUAUGAAGGUGUUAUUGAUGUUUACAACUGUGUGAAGACUCUGUCCUCAUGGCGCAUUAACAUGAUUCAGACUGAGGAACAGUAUGUUUUCAUCCACAAUGCGAUCUUGGAAGCCCAUCUGUGUGGUGACACCUCCAUAUCAGUUGAGAAAUUCAAAUCUACUUAUGAAGAAAUGAUCAGAGUCGACCCUCAGAAUAACUCCUCAAAGCUCAAUGAAGAAUUUCAAGUUCUUAAUUCAGUGACUUCUCAACCAGAUGAUAAAGAUUCCAGCAUCUCUUUCUUACCUCAGAAUCAAACAAACAACUGUAAUAUGGACACCCUCCCACCUGAUGGAUGCCUUCCACUACUCAUUACUGUGGAUGAUGAAAGUAACAAGUACAACAAUGCUACCUUGUUGGAUAGCUACUGCCAAGCAACAGCUUUUGUGGUGACCCCACAUCCUUUUCAAAAUGACGCAGCAGACUUUUGGAGCCUUGUGUAUGACUACAAUUGUUCUUCAAUAAUCAUGCUGAACCAACUUAACGAAUUAAACUCUGCUUGGCCAGGCUUACAGUAUUGGCCAAGGAAUGGAGUUCGGCAAUAUGGGCCCAUACAAGUGAAAUUCGUCUCUUGCACAACGAAUGAGGAAAUCUGUGACAGCUUGUUCGAGGUCAGAAAUGUAUCACAGAAAAAAUAUCUGAGAGUGAAACAUUUCCAAUACCUUCAGUGGCCUACAAACAGUGGUGUACCCAAAUGCAAGAAAUCAUUCUUAAACCUACUGAGGAAAAUUGAACAAUGGCAGGCAAAAUGUGGUGAUGGACGAAUUGUCAUUCACUGUUUGAAUGGAGGAGGGCACAGUGGAAUACUCUGUGCCUCUAUUUCCGUCAUGGAGAUGAUCAAAUACCAAAAGGUGGUGGAUGUUUUCCAUGCAGUGCAGACUUUACGCAACAACCAACCAAACAUGGUUGAAUCCCUGAAACAAUACCGCUUCUGCUAUGACAUAGCGCUUAAUUACUUGGAGUUCUGGGACAUAAACAGCACAGAGUGAUCAGUGGC